UUCCUCUCCUUCCUCAGUCCCUCAGUCAGCGGGUCUCCUCCUUCUCCUCCGCCUGCUCCUCCUCCGGCAGCAGAGUCAACCCUUCGUCAGCACCUUCGUCAGCACCGCCACCAUGAACAAGUACUUCCCCGGGCUGGGUCGGAUUGAGUACCGCCCUGACGCUGGCCCUGAAGAGACGCUUGUUUUCCGACACUACAAUGCUGGCGAGACGGUUCACGGGCGCCCCAUGGAAGAGUGGCUCCGUUUCUCCGUCUGCUAUUUCAACACCUUCAGGUACCUCGGCCAGGACGGUUACUUCGGGGACAGCACGCGCCAGUACCCGCCCUUCGAGGACUGGCAGCAGGGGCAGCACCAGCAGCAGCAGCAGCAGCAGCCGCAGUCCCUGGACCGCUACAAGCGCCGCCUGGUGGCCGCCUUCGAGUUCUUCCACAAGCUGGGCGUCAAGUACUACUCGGUGAGUGACCGCGACCUGUCCCCCGAGGGCGAGAGCUUCGAGGAAAGCGGCGCCCUGCUGGAGGAGGCGGUGUCGCUGGCCGCCGACCUGCAGAAGCAGACGGGCGUGCGGCCGCUGUACUUCGCCUGCGACCUGUUCUCGCACCCGCGCUACAUGAACGGCGCCGCCGCCAGCCCCGACGCGCACGUGUUCGCCUACGCGUGCGCGCAGGUGAAGCGCGGCCUGGAGGCGGCCAAGCGGCUGGGCGCCGAGAACUUCGUGUUCUUCCACCCUCGGGACGGCUACCAGAGCCUGCUGCAGCGGCAGGUGCUGCGCGACGCCUCGCACCUGGCGCAGCUGUACCGCAUGGCGGCGCAGUACCGCGACAAGAUCGGCUACAAGGGCCAGCUGCUGGUGCAGCCGCGCCCCGCCGGGCCCGCGCGCCGCCAGCAGUACGAGGCAGACGCCGCCGCCGCCAUGCACCUGCUGCGCCACUUCGGGCUGGACAAGCAGUACAAGCUGAACGUGCGCCCCGCCGCGGCGCGCGCGCUGGGCCGCCCCGCCGACCACGACGUGCAGCUGGCCUCCGCCUACAACAUGCUGGGCUCCCUCGAGGCGGCCGACGGCGGCCAGCUGAGCCCCUACGGCUCGUCCCAGGACGUGUGCGCCUACGACGUGCGCGACGCCACGCUGGUGAUGAAGUGCGUGCUGGAGAUGGGCGGCCUGGGCCAGGGCGGCGUCACGCUGGGCGGCCGCCUGCUGCGCGAGUCCGUGGACGCCAAGGACCUGUUCGAGGGACACGUGCUGGCCAUGGACACCUUCGCGCGCGCCCUGCGCAACGCCGCCAGGAUCAUCUCCGAGGGCGUCUUCUCCAGGGGCGUGCAGCAGCGCUACGCCUCGUACAAGGGCGGCUUCGGGGAGCGGGUCGAGAAGGGCGCCGCCACGCUGGAGGAGUGCGAGGACUACAUCAAGAAGUGCGGCGACCCCCAGCAGCAGCAGCAGCAGCACCAGCACUCAGCACGCCACGAGCACUGGCAGGCGGUGCUCAACCACUACGUGUUCCCGCCCAGCACCCGCCAGUGACCAAGUCAGCACCGAGCUCAGCACCAGUAGUAGGAGUAGUCAGCACCCUCACUAACACUACCAGACUAUUACUACUACUACUACUACUAUCGCUACUAUUGGUCAGCACGUCAGCACCAGAGUCAGCACCAGUAGUAGGAGUUGUCAGCACCUGUAAUCUUUGAAACUAACGUAACUUACACUACUACUACUACUACGACUACUACUACGACUACGACCGUCACGACUAUCACCACGGCAACUACCAUCCCACCACCACCACUACUACUACUACUACUACUACUACUACUACUACUACCCCCCACUCCUCCUCUCCCCUCUCUCUCCACCCCUCUUUAAGUAGAGAAAGGGAGAGAGGGAGAGAGAGGGAAGGAAGGGGGAGGGACUCACACACACACACACACACACGCACACACGCACACACGCACACACGCACAUAAUUCCCUGUAGUUUUAAAUUCCUUGCAUCGAAAAAUUAAAAAAAAAAAGAAAUAAUAAUAAUAAUGAUAAUAUUUUUUGGGCCUCGAAAAAACAACAACAACAACAACAAGAGUAAGAAAUGUCAAUUGUUUAUGGUUAUUCUGUUUGUUUGUUUGUUUGUUUGUUAAAGAAAGAAAGAAAGUGUUUUGAUUCUCUCUCUCUCUCUCUCUCUCUCUCUCUCUCUCUCUCUCUCUCUCUCUCUCUCUCUCUCUCUCUCUC